GAGCCCCGGGAGUAUUCAAGUCGCCCGGGGUCAGACAGCAGUCCUGCCCUGCACUUUCACCACCAGCGCCGCCCUCAUUAACCUCAACGUCAUUUGGAUGGUCAUUCCUCUCUCCAAUGCAAACCAGCCUGAGCAGGUCAUUCUCUAUCAAGGUGGACAGAUAUUUGAUGGUGCCCCCCGGUUCCAUGGCCGUGUAGGAUUUACAGGCACCAUGCCAGCCACCAAUGUCUCCAUCUUCAUUAACAACACUCAGCUGUCAGAUACAGGCACCUACCAGUGUUUGGUUAACAACCUUCCAGAUAGAGGUGGCAGGAAUAUUGGGGUCACUGGUCUCACAGUUUUAGUUCCCCCUUCUGCCCCACACUGCCAAAUCCAAGGGUCACAGGAUAUCGGCAGCGAUGUCAUCCUGCUCUGUAGCUCAGAGGAAGGCAUUCCUCGACCAACUUACCUUUGGGAGAAGUUAGACAAUACCCUCAAACUACCUCCAACAGCCACGCAGGACCAGGUCCAGGGAACAGUCACUAUCCGGAACAUCAGCGCCCUGUCGUCAGGCUUGUACCAGUGUGUGGCUUCUAACGCCAUUGGGACCAGCACCUGUCUUUUGGAUCUCCAGGUCAUUUCUCCCCAGCCCAGGAGCAUUGGACUAAUAGCUGGAGCCAUUGGCACUGGUGCAGUUAUUAUCAUUUUUUGCAUUGCACUAAUUUUAGGGGCAUUCUUUUACUGGAGAAGCAAAAAUAAAGAGGAGGAGGAAGAAGAAAUUCCUAAUGAAAUAAGAGAGGAUGAUCUUCCACCCAAAUGUUCUUCUUCUGCCAAAGCAUUUCACACGGAGAUAUCCUCCUCGGAGAACAACACACUGACCUCUUCCAAUACCUACAACAGCCGCUACUGGAGCAGCAACCCCAAAGUGCACAGAAACACGGAGUCGUUCGGCCACUUCGGUGACUUGCGCCAGUCCUUUUCCCUCCACUCGGGCAACGCCAGCGUGCCAGCCAUCUAUGCCAACGGCAGCCAUCUGGCCCCAGCCCCACAUAAGACUCUGGUAGUGACAGCCAACAGAGGGUCGUCACCGCAGGCCGCAUCCAGGAGCAACGGUUCCGUAGGCAGGAAGGCCCGGCCUCCGCCUGUACCGUCACUGCACACACACUCCUACACCGUCAGCCAAGCCGCCCUGGAGCGCAUCGGCGCUGUGCCUGUCAUGGUGCCAGCCCAGAGUCGGGCCGGGUCCCUGGUAUAG